AUGUAUCAUGGUCAAGAUCAGCUCUAUUCUGUAGACUAUACCAACAUGCCAUCAACAACAGAACGGUACGGCAUCUACUGGCUGCUGACCAUGUUAGUGUUAAUCGCAGUAGUAGACUCCACCCGAACCAGUCGACUGGCGUGCAGGCGGCACCGGAUCCGCAUGACGAUUGCGCACAAAGACUGUGUCCCCAAGAUAGUUCCGUCGUUUGGGUGCUCCGGGACGUGUUCGUCCAAUGACAGACUAUCUAACAACGGCACCGUGUCGUCCUCCAUCUGUUGCCAUGAAGACCAAUCCAGAUCUGUUACAGUUCCUCUUAUUUGUCCAAGAUUCGACGGAAGCGGCUUCACGAGAAUGAGAAUUAGAGUGCAUUUUCCGGUGUCAUGCAAAUGUGCUCCUUGUGAUGAUUUGGAACAGCAAUCUGUAUAG